GUUGUGGAGUGCGAGAGAGCAUCGAUUGCGAUACCGGUAUUUCAUCUACUGUCCUGACAUGUAACUAAUGGCGCAAACUUUAAAUCCUAAAUUUUUGACGUAUUUUCAAGUACUCACCUGAGUCACCUUCUGGAUCGGACAUCCUGAGGAUAAUCCUGGCCAAGGCUCCAUCAAGGAACGAUUUGCGAAAUUAGAAGCGGACGAUCUCCGAUCUUUAAAUCGCUCAUUCCUGUGCCACAAGAUGUUUCUUUUUCUUCAUGCCGUUCCUCGACAUUGUGUGGUAGUUCACCAUGCCACUUUCGUUCAAUCGUGCCGCUGAAGUUCUGGCCACAGCCAGCUUCAUUGUUGGUGCAAUCGCGAGUCCAUUCGUUACAGACUCACGACGAAAUGUUUCGUACCAAGGGAUUACUACAAGUCCGGGGAUCGAAACUUUUCUCGGUCUCCCAUAUGGCAAAGAUACGAGUGGUGACAGGAGAUUUGCACCUCCAGAGCCUUUCGCACCACCAUCAGGAUAUGUUUUCAAUGCCACUGCUGCGGGACCAUCUUGCCCACAAGCAUCAGGUGGAGGGUUUCUGUUCGAAACAAAUGUUACUUAUAUAUCAGAAAACUGCUUAAAUCUCCUUCUUUCAAGACCAUCCAAUAUCAGUCAUGGUACAAAGCUUCCCGUUAUGGCGUAUAUUUAUGGAGGUGGACUCAACAGCGGAACAGCAUAUGCCAGAACUAAUCAGCCAGACGGGCUCAUUCAACAAUCGAUUGAGAACGGAUAUCCAGUGAUUUAUGUUGCCAUGAACUAUCGUCUGAAUAUUUUCGGCUUUGCGACCUCUGAUGCACUCAGAGGCAACAAGUCUUUGAAUGUCGGUCUUCGUGAUCAAAGGCUAGCUCUCGAGUGGGUCAAGGACAAUGUCCACCUAUUUGGAGGCGACCCAAAUAAUGUCACAAUAUUUGGACAGUCUUCUGGGGGUCUGAGUGUAGAGAUGCAAGUUCUUGCUUACGGCAGUGAAAAGCCUGUUCCUUUCCAAGGCGCAAUCAUGCAGAGUACUGCACUUGAGCCGACAAUGGCCAGCAACAUCAGCUUCAAUGCAACAUCUGCAAUUGCCGUGGCUGCUGGCUGUAAUGCUACCGAUGCUUUUUCCACUUCGCCAUCCAUGAUCGACUGCCUGCGCUCACUUCCAAUGGAAAAGCUCUUGAACCUAACUCUCGACUUUAUCGAUGAAACAUCAGCCAACAACGACGGAGACAUUUUCUUGCCAACCGUUGACCAGGACUUCCUCCCAGACCUCUCAAGCAAGCUAGUGGCGGAAGGCAAAUUCCCCAAAAUCAAAAUAAUGACAGGCUGGAUGGAGAAUGACGCUACUCUCUUCACUAACUCCGCCAUCAAAACACCCAACGACACCCGAUCCUUCUUCGAGCUCUACUAUCCAGGCUUAAACUCCACAACCCUAACCAACCUCCUAUCUCUCUAUCCCGUAUCCGAUUUCAGCCCCAACACAACCGCCAACCUCUCCGCUGAAUUCUACCGCAGCGCUGAAAUAUUCCGUGACAUUCUCCUCACGUGUCCCUCAUUCUACUUCGCAUCCGCUAUGGCGAAGAAAUACCCCAACAGCACGGAACCGCCCGUCUAUCUAUACUCCGGAAACCAAACAAUUCUAGGGAACUACCUCAAUUCAACAGGUCUCCCGGGUUUAGGCGUAAUUCACACAUCUGAACUCUCUUAUCUGUACGGCAAUCUGUCUAUCUUCAAUGUCACGGAUGCUGGGUUGCCGGGAUACCAUUUUGAUCCUUCGGCGUCGGAUUAUGAGCUUGCGAGGCAGCUGCCUAGGUCAUGGAGCUCGUUUGCUGCGACGGGGAAACCGAGUCUGGUGGGGAAGGAUACGUUGCCUGGUUGGACGAGUGCAUAUCCGGAUGGGAAGGGUGAGGGGAUUGUGUAUGUUAUUGGAGGUGCGGAGGAGGGGAUGGCAGCGGCUAAUCAAGGGAUUAUGAAGGAGAGGUUGCGUGAAAGGUGUGGGUUCUUGAAUAGUGCUGAGGUUAUUGAGCAGUUGCAGUAUUAGUCUGGGCGGUAGUAAUGUCUCGAUGGAGAUGAAAAGAAGUGGUUUGAAUGGUCAUCUCAAUCUGUUCUAUACCAAUUUUUAACCUCAUUCUAAUCCCAAUGUCUCACGUUAUUUGUGACUUUGGUAUCUCUUGUCUGUAUCUCUUGCUGUUGUGUUUCGAGCAUCGACUUUGGAGUUUGCGUUGAUAGCGAGGUAAUUUCAUAGCGGGGUUGCGACUUGAAAGCCAAUAAAUCUGCGGCGAUGUAUAUCUAUCCACUAGAAUCGCGCCUCUUUGAGGUUUGACGAGCUGGAUUUUCCCUCGAGUCUGGGAAAUAGCUUCCACACUUACUUUAUCAACACCAGGAUGAUUUCUCCUCAGACUCUUACUGGCGACCAUGGCUAUGUCUGAUACUGAAUUUUGUUUCAAUUCGAUCUAAACCUCCGUCUUGUCACACUCUCUCGCAGCCUCGACUUCUUCCCACGUUCCAU